UCGACUUACAGAUUUUGGAGGGCUUUCCAAAUUUUCAAGGUCACAGACGUUAUUCGUGUUCAACGCCUGAUAAACAGCCUUUUUCAGCUACUAUAUCCAUAUGCCCGACAACUACAUUACAGUGCGAGCUGAAAAUGUCAGUGAUGAAGAUGAAUCCAAUGGUUCACCUCUAAAAGGAAUUCAUUCAUCAUUGAAUAACGUUGAAGUAGAUUCCGUUUUGUCGAAGUUUUCAAAGCAUAUCAUCUUGCUUCCACAAUCUGAUCAUGUACGCGUGCUUCAGACAGUUAUUAGGAAUAGAGAGACUACAAGAAAUGAGUUUUUGUUCCAUGCUGAUCGUCUAAUUCGUUUAGUCGUCGAAGAAGGUUUAAACCAACUUCCGUAUGAAGAUGUCAGCAUUACAACGCCUACAGGUCAUUUAUUCAAUGGAACCAGUUUUCUACGUGGUAAUUGUGGUGUGUCUGUUAUGCGAUCAGGUGAGGCAAUGGAACGUGGUUUACGCGAUUGUUGCCGGUCAAUGCGUAUUGGAAAGAUAUUGAUUCAAACAGCUGAAGAGAGUGAAAUUGUUGAAGCUAAAGUUUAUUAUGCCAAAUUACCACCGAAUAUUGAGGAAAGAAAAGUCUUGUUAAUGUAUCCUAUUUUAGCUACUGGAACUACAGUACUGAAAGCUUUAGAUGUCUUAAGAACGUAUAAUGUUUCUGUGGAGAAUGUGAUUUUGUUAUCGUUAUUUGCUUCACCAAAAAGUAAGUUAUUUGCCAUUGUCAUCUCCUUUAUGUUCAAAUAAUUAUUUCUUAAAUCAAAUUCGCGAUUUACAAUUUGCACUAUUCAACGUGAAACUUCAAUACGAUUUCCUUUGGAGACCGAAGUUAUUCAAAUCCCAAGAUGUGAUCUGUGUGAUACCAUAAAUAAUAAUCCAGAAAACAAGCAUAAAUGCAUGUUGCUGUAUAAGAACCUAUUGAUUGAUAGGAAUAGUUGGUUACCGCUUACAUCGACCAGAUAGCUCAAACAACUGGGUACACUGCUUCCGACAGAAAUAGCCGUCCAAUGUUCAGAUCACUUCAGUCUGGAUAGCAGGCACUAGUGCUUGAUGUCUUGUCAAUAUUUUAACACGUAAUCCAGCAUUAAGAGUUGUCACCUCAGAAAUUCAUCCAAUUGUACCAAGUCAUUUUGGUCAGCGAUAUUUUGGUACUUCUUAACUUUAAAUUUUCGUUGAUUUUUUUUAGAAAUAUUUUACUUAUUUUCUUUUCUUCAUGAUUUGUUUUAUAUCUCCUCGUCAACAUGUCUCUAUACUCUCCUCUGUCUUUGAAUUCUUUUUUGUUUCUCGUACGCAUUAUAUAUUUCAUUAACUUCAUUGUAUACUAGUUUUGAAAUAUGCCCGUAUUUCCGGUGUCAUUUCACGCUGAAUUCGGUUGACGUGUGGUCAUUGUGAAUCAUGUCAAAGAAGAAGAAGAGAAAACUAACCAUUUUGAUAAUGUACAUGGGUGUGUAUGUAUGUAUAUGUGCGUGUAUAUGAAAUAAUGAAGUAUAUAGAAACUUAAUAUUAUUGUUAUUGAUUUCCCUUUGUUCUUCUUUUCUCAAUGUGUAUAAAUUUUGAAUAAACUUAGUUAUCUCGGAGAAUUCUGUCAUCACACUGCACAUUUUUUUGCACUAACGUAGAUCGCUUACUUUAAAUUUCAAGCAGCAAAGUAUGCUGCUAUCAAAACAGACCAGGGUAAUAUAUUGUAUAAUUUAGAAUCGACAACCUAUUUUGUAUCUCAACGUGGAUUUCGUCACGAACUAACAUCAGUUGUAGAGAGAUCAUCAAAAAACCAGGAAACCCUGAACAGCUGCUUCGUCC